AUGAAAAGUCUCCAUGAUGCGCGUCACCAUUUUGUGAGUUCGUGUUUACGAUCGUGAGAAAGCCUUGGCCAUGAUUAGGCUUUCUAUAAACCGUUCAUUAUUUUAACAUCUAAUACUUUAAAAAAAACAUCGUAAAAAAACAACCAUCAUGACAUAUCCCAAAGUUUGGACCACUGGCAGUACCACAUAAACUCCACUUUUUUUCACAAGGCAAGUAUUGAAGAGAAGUGAAAGGUCCAGUGGUGAAUAGAAGAGGGGGUCAAAGGAUUUAUUUUGCGUCUGAAACAUCUAUGUUUCCGUGAGCGGUGUCAAGCGAGAGCUCAAAAUGGCGAGAUUCGAUUACAUACUUGCCGUCACCAUGGCAAUAUCAUUAAUAUGGGGCAUCAUAAUUCUAGCUUUUGGUGCCAUCAUCCGAUUCAACUUUGGCAAGCUGAUUGACAACUACGUCAGUGGCAUCGAUCAGGUGAUUCCCAAGGAAUCGCGGACGUCACCAGGUGGUCAAGACUUAGCGCCAAUCUUGCCAGUGCCAGAUGAUGUCGACCUAGGAUCUUGGACUGUUUUUUUAGGAUCGUUUGUGAUACUCACGGGCUUCAUCGUCACCAUCUUCUCAGCGCUGGGGUUCGUUGCCGCCCUCAAACACAGCACGCCUCUGAUUAUACUGUUCAUCGUCUUCUGCCUCGUGGCCACCGGUCUUCAAUUUUACCUGGUGCAAAUUGCAACUAGUGAGGACGUGAACUUCCACACCGAUGCCAAAAAUACACUGAAAGAGAGAUUGGCACACUACACAGUCGGGGGUACAGACGCCUUUAGUGUGGCUAUGAACGCAAUUAUGUUUAAGGCCCAGUGCUGUGGUAUUGAAAGCGUGUCCGACUUUAAAAAUCUAACUUUCAUUGAAAAAGUGGGAGAAACUCAGCAUACCAUCACCUUUGCGGUACCUCCUCCUUGUUGCCACAGAAGUCUGUUUGGCGGUUCCUCAGCCUCCCUGGCAUACAACGCGGUCAAGAGCUGCGCCAUAAUGGGUAGUGUCCGCGGAGACAACGUCUAUUCCAAGGGCUGCUACGGAAACGUAUUUCGCGCCAUUGAUGAGAAUCAAGGGGCGGCUAUACUGGGCGUGCUGCUCUUUAUCAUCAUAUGGGAAAUGUUGCAAAUCGUUCUGGGCGUCCUGGUCAAGUUCACUCCCCCGCCGAAAGAUGACAGAAAAACAGGCGCGGACGGCGGGCAGGUGCCGGUACAGCGCGACAGCCUCUUGCAGCCGAAGAUCAAGAAGUUCGUGCCCUUUUCUAAAGUCAGCUCUUUCACAGCUGCUGACAUCAGUCGCGUCAAGUCCACGGAGAUCUGGUAGGUUGGCGUACAAGUUGUCAGCUUCUCCCAAAGUGUGCGGAAAAGUGAUCCAAUAUUAUUUCUCUGGUGGCAGAUGAAGCUAUCAAAUGUCUGUCAAUUGAUGUACAUCAGAAACAUACUAAUAUUUAUAAUUAUUUCCUUUGAUUGAGAAUGAAUAAAGAAAAAACAAAAUCUAUACAUCUUUUAUGUCAAAAUUAUCUAAUUAAUUACGAUUCACGAAUAAGGUGUAUUUCAAUAAA